UUGAACCUAAGGCAUCACUCCUGAAUCUCGCAUUAGUCGAAACAGCCAUUCCUCUCCAACUCCCAUUGAAUCCAUCAUGGCAUUUACUAAAAUCCUAAGCACUGUCUUGUUCCUGUCGGCAAUGGCGGCGACCGUGACCACGGCUAAGGCCAUGAAAAUGGGCGGACCCAUGGAUAUGAUGAAAAUGAUGAAGCGUCCCAUGGAGUUCUUCACGGCCUCCGGACCCGAUGACAAUUGUGGGACUGUUCCAACUGACGUCAUGACAGGGAAUGUCAAAAUGAUGGCUUGUCAAGGGAGUUCCGCCCAAGACGAGCUGUGCGUUUGUGUCAAGCCGCAAAUCACGGCUGAAGCCAUGAGCACCAUGAUGAAGAUGAUGCCGGAUAUGGUGGAGGAUAUGAACGUGAAUCCGGACACGGGCUUUGCUCUCAAGUGUGGCCAUUGUCGAGAUCCUUGUAGCCUCAUGUUCAUGCCCACCCGGGGCCCCAAGGGCGAUCACGACCACGAGGACCAGCCGAUGGGCAUGUUGAUGAAAAUCCCGGCUCUAAUGACCAAGUUUGCCGAUCUCAUGGACGAAGGCAAGCUCCAGGAAGUCAACCCAUUCCGCAUGGUUCUUGAGACCAUGAACCAGAAGAUGGACCAAUGAAAGCCCGGCCCCUCUAUCUUUGUUUUGAUGAAUUGAUGCCGCCACACACACACACACGCACACACACACCAAUCCAAUGCAUUUGGUCUAGCUUAAUAAACUGACAAACAACCAUA